AUGAGGACGGCUGUCUUGUUCGGCCGAUUCUGCUUGAGCCGUGGCGGACUUCCACAGUCACUGUCCCGAGUCGCGCCGUCGUGUCGAUGGCGCCCCAAUCAUUCGCGGCCAUGGCCGCCAGGUCUUUGCAAACGACCUUCGAGGAGGAGUCCAGCACUAGGCGUGGCUCUAUUUGCCUCCCUAACACCUGGCGCGUUUUUAAAACUUGUGGAAGAGGAAGGGGACGGUGGCGGGAAGACGAGUGAAAUGCAGAUGCUGGAGAUCUCAAGACAGGAGAUGCAACAGUGCGUCACGGAGAAGGUCCAGGGUCUUCCCCGUUUUUUCCAAUCCCUUUUCAUCUUCUGGAACUACUACAUCUAUGAUACGGUGGCCACUGGCUGUCGAUUCGUUCAUUUGGUUGCGGUCUUCCUGCCUGUCAUCCUCGCGGCACCGGCCGUGUGGUUUGGGAGGCGGAUCGAAGGGCGCAAGGGUAGUCGGACGGGAACUCUAUGGUGGUAUAACUAUCUCGUCAAGUCGAUGGAACGUGCGGGGCCAACCUUCAUCAAGCUUGGACAAUGGGCAGCGUCGCGAACCGAUAUAUUCCCCCCGGAGCUGUGCGAUUAUAUGUCCUCGCUACACUCGAAUGCCCCGGCCCACUCCUUGCAAGAUACCAAGGAGACUAUCGUCAAAGCCUUCGAUGGGCUGCAGUUCGAUGAUAUAUUCGAGGAAUUCUACGAAGAGCCGCUUGGGGUAGGAGCUAUUGCUCAGGUCUACAAGGCAAAGCUGAAACCGGAUCUGGCGGCUACCCAUGACCAGGAUCUUAUACCCCAGCCCCAGAGUUUGCGAGGCAAAGUUCGAAAAAAUGUCGAUGUGUUGGUGAAAAGCACGCCUCAACGGGUCCCGUCGUCCUAUGUGGCUGUCAAAGUGCUUCAUCCCAGGGUCGAACGAGUGAUCCGCAGAGACUUGAAAAUCAUGUCUUUCUUUGCUUCGAUGAUAAAUGCUAUCCCGACCUUGCACUGGCUGUCCUUGCCGGAUGAAGUCCAUCAGUUUGGAGCGAUGAUGAAGCUGCAAUUGGAUCUCCGAAUCGAGGCGAGUAACCUGGUCAUCUUCCGGGAGAAAUUCGCGCAGCGGACCACUGCUUGGUUUCCGUAUCCCUAUCUGGACUACAGCACUCGAGAAGUCCUUGUUGAAGAGUUUGCGCAAGGGAUUCCUCUGUCGAAAUUCUUAGAUGUCGGGGGAGGGGUCUAUCAGCAGGAAAUCGCCAACGAAGGUCUGGACGCAUUCCUCCACAUGUUACUGAUUGAUAAUUUUGUCCAUGCGGAUCUACACCCGGGUAAUAUUAUGGUGCGGUUCUAUAAGCCAAGCGAAUUAGAUAUCUCUCUCCGCAAACAUACCCGGGCAUCGGAUGCGCCCACUACGGCGGAGGUGGAUGUGACGGAGAAUGUCCUUGCACGUCUGAGACCACAUGCCCGCAAUCAGGAAGACUGGGCGAAGGCACUGGGUCAGCUGAAUGUGGAGGGCUAUCGCCCUCAACUCAUCUUCAUCGACACCGGCCUAGUCACGCAGCUCAAUGACACAAACCGAAGGAAUUUCCUUGAUCUUUUCCGCGCGGUGGCUGAGUUUGAUGGCUUCCGAGCGGGACAACUCAUGGUUGAACGAUGUCGUCAGCCCGAAGAGGUCAUCGAUAGCGAUGUAUUCGCAAUGAAGGUGGACCGUCUCGUGCAGAGCGUUAAAUCGCGAACCUUCGCAUUGGGAAAUAUCAAGAUCGGGGAUGUCCUGAGCGAGAUACUCUCAAUGGUCCGAGGCCAUCACGUUCGACUGGAAGGAGACUUUGUCAAUGUUGUUAUAUCGAUCCUCCUACUCGAGGGCAUUGGAAGAAACCUUGACCCCAAUCUGGACCUUUUCAAGAGUGCACUCCCCAUAUUGCGGACCCUCGGAUCUAACACCACCUUUUUGAAAUCCGUUCGAUCGGGUGAUACUUCGAUGCUACGGGUGUGGGUUGGGCUUGAAGCGCGCGGAUUGCUUCAAGCCAGCAUUGAAAGUGUGGAACAAUGCGUCAAAUACGAUCAACUCUCCCCUAAUAUCUAA